CGUGCGAUUCCCGAGCUUCCCGUGCACGGUGCUCAGAUUAACCUCACCCCCGGCAGGAUGCAGCGAGACCGGGGGAUGUGCAGCAAGAGAGGGGCGACUAUCACUCUCAUGGUGAUCUGGACAGCAGCACUGCAGCGUUCUGGGAUUAUGGCCUAUCCAGGUAACCGAGCAAUGCCCUCUGUCGCACUCCACUUUCCCAUUGACUACAAGAUCCUGGACGCCCAGGAGUACUUCUUCCUAAAGCCAGUGGACGAGGAGCUGACCUGGAACUCCAGCAUGAGGAUCAGCACCCAGCUGCUCUUCCUUUCCCGGGCCAGGUCCCUGCCCAUCAUCAAGGCCUCCCAUGGUCCCUUCUCCGUCCAGCAGGUGUUGGCCGGACUACCUCCCGAGCCCUUGCAAAGCCAACUGAAGGCUGGAGCCCACCUCAAACCGAGCCGGAGGAUCCAGGCCCACCCGGUGGAAGGGAAGGUCCAUGUCGGCUGGCCGAAGGCCCAGGUCUUGUUCCACGUGUCCGGGCGUGACUGGGGCUCACUCGAGGAUCAGGAGAACCUGCCCUGCGUGACCUUGCACGCCUUCCGAGAGAUGCAGGAGGUCAGAGGUGGCUGCCGGAUAAAGGGUCCACUGGGAAUCUGUGUUGCCAGCCUCGAGCUGCCCCUCGGUUGGUUCCCACCCUCGGGUGGUCCUGGCGGCGGACGGAGGAAGGGAGUGCCCAGGAGCGGCCGGGAGGUGGGCGUGGGGCUGUACUUCAGCGUGCCUGGCCCGGCGGACUGUGGGAGGGCGCCGCCGGACGGCUGGGGAGGAGCCGGGCGGCCGGAGCUGGAGCCAGCGGGCCGGCUGGUGCUGACGGAGCUGCCGGCCGAGCGGGAGGCCAGGCUGGACGCCAACCUGCUGCUCCGCCUGCCUGACCGAAGCCUGCGGCCCGGGGAGACGGUGGGCGUCGCCCUGGAGAUGGCGGCCAACUUCUCGCUGGACGAGGUCAUCGUCAGGGCCAAGCUGAAGAAGGGCGUCAGGAUCUUGUCCGUCCUUCCCCGUGUCCCAGAGGCGUGGAGGGUCGAGCUACAGCACUCGCACGGAUCCAAGCACCGGAUUGCCACCAUUACCUGCAGCAGGAGCCAGGCCCCCAGGGGCUGGAGCGACAGCCCUGGAGUGGAUUCCCUGGAGAUUGCCUGGCUGGAGCUGGAGGUGGAGGGAUUUGUUGGCGAGGCAGUGACGCGGCGCAUUGCCUGGCAGGUGGAGUAUGGGGACAGGACGGACACCCCGGACAGCGACAGGAUCGUCACCGAGCUGAUGGUCGCCCAGCGGGAGGUCCGCGGCCUCGUCCCCCUCGUCAUGGAGCAGGAGGUCCUCAACACGGCCAUCCUGACUGGGCGUUUGGUGACGGUGCCCAUUAGAGCGGUGACGGUGGAUGGGAGCGGUUCAGUGACAGAUGUGACGGAGUUUGUGGAAUGUACGUCCAAGGACAGUAAUAUUGUUAAGGUGUCCAAGGGAUGCGACUACAUCUACAUGGACGGGAAAGAGACCGGGGGGCGACAGGGGAUCUGGGUGGACCUCUCGUACGAGCGGCUGCACGCCAAGCUUCACCUCACCAUCUGUGUGCCCAAACUGCCACUGCAGGUCCAGCUCUCUGACUCCCAGCUCAGCCAGGUCAAAGGUUGGCGGGUGCCCGUGCGAUCGGAGAAGAGCCCGGCUGAGGGGAAGGAGGACGAGGCGGGUGAGAAGAAGGGCCGAGGCUGCCCCCUGCAGUACCAGCACGCCGCCCUGAAGAUCCUCACCCAGUUUGUGGCGGGGGCCUCUGGCGAGGGCAUGGUGUGCGCACCGGGCGCGGGCUGGCAAGUCGAUGUCACCGAGAUGGCGGGUCCCUUGGUGAGGGUCGUGGACCCCAGCGUGGCGAGGGUGAGCGAGGGGAGAGCGCUGGUCGGCUUGAAGCCGGGUGUGACCACCGUGCAGGUCCUGUCUCCAGUGUCAGACUCCAUCCUUGGCCAACGGUCGGUGACCAUCGUGGACGACAAGGUGACCAUUACCAACAUGGACGUCCAGUUAGUCACCGGGAUCAGGCUCUCGCUCAGACGCAGCCGUCGGCACCCUCAGGUGAUCAUCGCCACGGCGACAGCGCAGGGGUCGUUGCACGUGCCCAAACAGGAAGGCGUGCUGAGCUUGUGGUUGCAGUACAGCGAUGGGACCUGGGCACCGCUGCAGCUUUACCACCCCCGGGACUACUCGCUGACAGUCACGUCCCUGGAUGAGGGUGUGGUGUCCGUGCAUGGCGGCCAGCUGGUGGUGGCGGAGGGCGGGGGCAGCGGUCAGCUGCUCAGGGUGAAGAUGGCGGUGCCCGCAGCCUGUCACAAGUCCAAACGGAAGAACGGCCCGGUCCUGGUGUCCGCGGAGGCGACGGUCGAGGUCCGGUCCGAGCGGGGGGAGGUGGACGAGGACCGCCCAGCAGAGGCAGGGCGCAAGUGGUCUUAUCCGGACUGGGAGCGUCACCACACCCAGCUGUCCGAGCGCGAGGAGGGAGCCAUGCAGGCGGAGAGCACGACCCGCCGGGUUCACCGUCAGGGCCAAGGGGGGAGUUGGCCUCCUGGUGGUUCCGUGCUCGUCGCCCUCGAUCCGGGGCUUCGUGACCUUCCGACGGAGCCCGAGACCCCCACCACCCUGGACCCCCUCCCGGGCUUCGGGGGGGAAGAGUUCUCGUUGACGUUCAAGGGCGUGACGGACUUGGAGAUUGGCAUGUACGCCCUGCUGGGGGUCUUUUGCUUGGCCAUCCUGGUCUUCUUCAUCAACUGCGUCACCUUCGUGCUCAAGUACAGGCACAAGGAGCUGCCCCCAGCGGAGUCCGGCCGCCCGCCUCCCUGGGUGUGGUCAGGGGAGGGGCCGGUCCGCGGGCGGGAUCGGGUGGUCAGCCUGGGGCCCGGGCGCCGUGCCGACGGGGCCUCCGGCCAGGGACACGGCGGGUUGCAGGGCGAUGGCUGGACCUCCCCGGUCAGUCCGCAGGGGUUCGCUGGCGGGGUCUCCUUGGCCGAUCCGCAGGGGUUCGCUGACGGGGUCUUCCUGUCCAAGCAGCAGGAGUCAGCUGACAGCGUCGCCUUGGCCGAUCCCCAGGGGUCCGCUGACGGGGUCUCCCUGGCUGAUACACAGGGGUCCGCUGACGGGGUCUCCCCGGCUGAUACACAGGGGUCCGCUGACAGGGUCUCCCUGCCCGAUCUGCAGGGGUCCACUGACGGGGUCUCGUUGGCCAAUCUGCAAGGGUUCGCUGAUGGGGUCUUCCUGCCCAAUCCGCAGGGGUUUGAUGACGGGGUUACCCUCCCCGUUGCCCAGGGAUUUGCUGACGGGGUUACCCUCCCCAUUGCCCAGGGGUUUGCUGACGGGGUUACCCUCCCCAUUGCCCAGGGGUUUGCUGACGGUGUUCCCUUGGCCAACAGCCAGGGAUUGGCUGAUGGGGUCUCCCUGGCCAAUACCCAGGGCUUCAUUGGUAGGGUUUCCCUGCCACACCAGCAGGGGUUCAGUGAUGGGGUCUCCCUGACCCACACACGGGGCCUCACGGGCGGGGUUUAUGAUCCCAAGGGAGGGGUUUCCCGUGCUGGCCCGCGGGGGCAGCACGAGCGGGGAAGCUUUCAGAAGCAGAGGGCGACGCAGCGCCUCGCCCACGCCGGCGACAGGGCAGCCAUGCGCACUCGCGGCUCCCCGCUGCGUGAGGCGGGCCGGCCGGAGGGGGGCGCCCGCGCGGCCCCGCAGGGCGUGGGGGCGGCGGCAGACGACGCGCGCGGCGGGGGCGGGGCCGCGGACGCAGCCUGCUGGCGGGGGAGCGCGUCCCGCGCAGCCGCGCCGCGGGAGACGGCUGACCUGCGCGGUGGCGGCUGGGCCCCCGGCGCAGGCGCGCAGGGCUUCGUCGACGGGUACUGCACGAUCAAAGGGGUUUCCCGGAAGCAAGGGCAGGACUUCCGGCCGGGGACGCUGGAGGACUUCCGGCGGAGGCGGGCCCAGUUAUCCACCUUCAUGGCGGCCGCCGCCGGAAAGGCGACCGAGCCGCCGCUGCCGGCCACCCAGUCCAUCAUCGUGGCCGACGAGGAGGACAUCAAAUGGGUCUGCCAGGACAUGGGGCUGCAGGACCCCGACGAGCUGCGGAGCUACAUGGAGAGGAUUAGGGAGGGCUCUUAA